AUGACAGCUAACAGAAGAAGGAGGAAUGCUAACGACACUGAUGAUAUUGCAGAAGCCAUUCACGGCAUGGUGGAUGCAAUGCAACAUCCUAUUCCAGCACAACCGAGAGUGGCAAUAGCGCCAGCUAGAGUGCCAACGGUGGAGGAUUUUCUGCGCCAUAAGCCCGCAAAAUUCACAGGUGGGGUCAUUCCAGACGAAGCUGAUGCCUGGCUUCACAAGUGUGAAAAGAUCUUUGGAGUAAUGAAUUGUGCUGAUGAGCAGAAGUUGGCCUUUGCUAUGUACCUGCUAAAUAAUGACGCCGAGUACUGGUGGGCAGGCAUGAAACAACAGAUACAGGUUAGGGAGGAGCCAGUAACCUGGGAUAGUUUCCGAAUCCGGUUCUUGGAAAAAUAUUUCCUAGAUACUGUAAAGCAGGACAGGGAGGCGGAGUUCUUGGCUCUGCAACAGAGGAACAUGUCAGUGCAAGAAUAUGUUAACAAAUUCGAGCAACUGGCAAGGUAUUAUUCUCAAGCAAUUACUGAGGAGUGGAGAUGCCUCAAGUUUGAGAGGGGGCUCAAGCAUGAGUUAAAGAAGGUGGUCACGCCUCUGAGAGAAAGGAGGUUUCCGAUCUUGGUGGAACAAGCCAAGAGCGCAGAGUACCUAGAAAAAAGGCUGAACCCAGCAAGUCGACAUCAGAAGAAUGUCGCAGAGGCGAGGCAGAUGAAGAAACCAUAUAGCCGACCCCAGACUUCUCAGGGCCCCACGUGUUACCAGUGUGUGUUGUUCGACUCUGGAGCAACACAUUCCUUCAUUUCUAAUGCUUGUGUGGGGAGACUGAACUUGGAGAAACGUGAUUUGGGAUGUGAGUUGCUGGUGUCGACUCCUUCCUCAGGUCAGGUAGCAACCAGUUCAGUCUGCGUGGGGUGUGUGAUGGAAGUGGCAAGUCGCAGAUUCAAGGUGAACUUGGUGUGCUUGUCUAUGGAGGGACUGGACGUAAUAUUGGGAAUAGAGUGGUUGUCCAAUAAUCACGUCAUAAUUGAUUGUGGACGAUGUAGUUUGGUAUUCCCAAAGCAUGAAGGGUUAGAGAUGAUCUCAACUCGAGAAGCUGUGAGGGCGCUGCAAGAAGGGGCCACAAGUUUCAUGGUGAUGGCUAAACCCGAAAAGAAAAGCGCAGUGGAGAUGAUUUAG